ACGUAUACCAGCUCACGAGAUCACAAGCUUGCGGCCGCUGCACCCCAGCUGGCCCGUCCCCGGACUUUCUUGGCGUGGAGUCCGGCAUGUGAAAGGACUCGAAACCGACCAGGAGGUCGGUUAUAACCUACUCAAAGCCAGUUGCUUUGUCCUGUGAUCCACCUCGACUCUUGUACCAGUACUCUGUGCUUCUCCUAUCUUUCCUGUAUCCACUUCACGAUUGUAAACAUGUCACAGCGCUUCUCGGCCGCUGACGUCGCGUCGCAUAAGUCGGCGGACAGCCUGUGGAUCAUUGUCGACGAGGACGUCUACGACGUCACAAACUUCCAGGAAGAGCACCCUGGAGGGAAGAAGAUCCUCCAGCGCGUUGCAGGCAAAGACGCCUCGAAGCAGUUCUGGAAGUACCACAACGAGAGCAUCCUCAAGAAGUACCAAAAACUCCAAGUUGGUUCAUUAGACAGCAAAGCCGCGCCGCCGACACCUCCACCAACACCACCUCCGGCGAAGAAGGAGGAGAAGAAGGAUGUGGUGAAGCCUGAGGCGAACUCGGGGGUUGUUGCGCCUCAGCCAACCGAAGCUGCGGCCGAGGAUGCUGAGCCUUUCGAUUCCUAUGGCGAUCUGGUUCCCUAUGCCGACCCGUCGUGGUAUCAAACGUACCACUCUCCCUACUACAACGAAACACACGUCGCCCUCCGCGAAGAAGUCCGCCAAUGGGUCGAAGAGAAACUCAUGCCCAACGUCACUGAUUGGGAUGAAGCGAGAAAGGUUCCCGACGAGAUCUUCCUCGACAUGGGCGAGCGCGGAUACCUCGCCGGUCUGCUCGGUAUACACUUCCCAGCUGCAUACACCGAUAAGAGGAUCAAGAGUGUUCCGCCAGAGAAGUGGGACCACUUCCAUGAAAUGAUCCUCACAGAUGAGCUGUCGAGAACUGGUAGUGGUGGUCUCGUCUGGAAUUUGAUCGGUGGAUAUGGUAUUGGCGGACCUCCAUUAUUUAAGUUUGGAAAGAAGGAGCUCGUUAAGCGUAUUGGGCCUGGUCUCUUGAGCGGCGAGAAGCGCAUUUGUCUUGCUAUUACUGAGCCAGAUGCUGGAAGCGACGUCGCAAGCUUGACCUGCGAAGCCAAGCUCUCCGAAGACGGCAAGCACUACAUCGUCAAUGGCGAAAAGAAAUGGAUUACAAACGGCAUCUGGUCCGACUACUUCACAACCGCCGUUCGCACUGGUGGCGAAGGCAUGAACGGCGUGUCAGUCCUCCUCAUCGAGCGCUCCGCAGGGGGCGUCAGCACGCGCAAAAUGGACUGCCAGGGUGUCUGGUCCAGCGGCACAACAUACAUCACCUUCGAAGACGUCAAGGUACCCGUCGAGAACCUCAUCGGCAAGGAGAACCAGGGCUUCAAGGUCGUCAUGACCAACUUCAACCACGAGCGCAUCGGCAUCAUCAUCCAGUGUCUGCGCUUUUCUCGCGUCUGCUACGAAGAGAGCAUCAAGUACGCACACAAGCGCAAAACUUUCGGCAAGCGCCUCAUCGAUCACCCUGUCAUUCGUCUCAAACUCGCACACAUGGCUCGCCAGAUCGAGGCUUCGUACAAUUGGCUCGAGAACCUCGUCUUCCAGUGUCAAAAGAUGAACGAGAUGGAAGCCAUGCUGAAGCUCGGCGGCGCUAUCGCUUCAUUGAAGGCGCAGAGUACUACAACCUUCGAGUUCUGUGCGAGGGAAGCAAGUCAGAUUUUCGGAGGGCUGAGUUAUAGUCGUGGUGGGCAGGGUGCAAAGGUAGAGCGGUUGUAUAGGGAUGUUAGGGCGUAUGCCAUUCCGGGAGGUAGUGAGGAGAUUAUGCUGGAUUUGAGUAUUAGACAAGCAUUGAGGGUGCAUAAGGUUUUGGGCAUGAAGCUGUAAGAAUAUCAAGGACGUGAGUAGCUGCUGCAUCUUCUUCUUCUUCACGUGCACAAAUAGAACCAAUAUUAAGAGAGUGUACUCGAUUGACUCUAGUACCUACUCCGCGACCG